AUGGUUGCUGAAAAGAAUGAAAAAGUCCAAGUGGUCAAUGAUUUGGUAGAAGAAGCUUCAACUUCCGAUUCCGCCACUACUAAACCAGUAAAAGAACUUAAAUUUGGGUUCCUUCAUAUCAAUCCCGAUGAGAAAAUUCACAGAACUUUACCAUUACGUAUUGUUAAUCUUAUUGCUUUUGGUGGAUCUAUUGGUACUGCUCUUUUUAUCACUAUUGGUAAUCCUUUGAUGAUGGGUGGUCCGUUAUCUUUGGUUUUGGCUUAUUGGUUUUGGACUAUCGUCAUGGUUAUUUUGAAUACCUGUGUCGGUGAAAUGGUUUCCUAUUUACCUGUUGUUUCACCUUUUACUACCUUGGCUGGUAGAUGUGUUGAUGAAGCUUUACAAUUUUCUUCUUGUUGGAAUUUUUAUUUAAUGGAAUCUUUAUAUAUUCCUUUUGAAAUUGUCGCUGUUAAUGGUAUGAUUCAUUUCUGGAGAGAUGACUAUAGUGCUGGUAUCACUUUAGGAGUCCAAAUUGUUUUAUAUGGUAUUAUAAAUAUUUUCGCUGUUAGAAUUUAUGGAGAAUCAGAAUUUUGGUUAGCUAUAGGUAAAAUUGUUUUGGCCAUUGGUUUAUUAUUUUUCACUUUGAUUACCAUGUGUGGAGGAAAUCCUCAACAUGAUGCUUUUGGUUUUAGAUACUGGCAAGUUGAAGGUGGUCCAAUGGUUUCUUAUUUAGGUGGUGAUGGAUCUGGUGGAAGAUUUAGAGGUUUAGUCAGUUGUCUAGUGGCAGCGGCUUUUUGUGUUGUGGGUCCAGAAUAUAUUUCCAUGGUAGCUUCAGAAGCUGCUAAUCCAAGAGUUACCAUGCCUAGAGCUUUUAAAACUAUCUUAUACCGUUUAGUUAUUUUUUACGUCCUUGGAUCACUUUCUGUUAGUGUUUUAGUUGCUUAUAAUGAUCCUACUUUAGUUAAUGCACCAGCAGCCGGUGCUGCUAAAUCCCCAUAUGUUGUAGCCAUGAAAAAUCUUCAAAUUAAAGCCUUACCUGAUAUUGUCAAUGCUUUGAUCAUUACUUCUGCUUUCUCAGCUGGUAAUUCUUAUGUCUAUUGUUCUUCAAGAGUUUUAUAUUCAAUGGCCAAACAAGGAUUUGCACCAAAGAUCUUCAGUUACUGUACUAAAUCCGGUGUCCCAAUUUUUGGGGUCAUGAUGGGUAUGUGUUUUGCCUUAUUAUCAUUAUUACAAUUGGGAUCUAAUUCUGCUACUGUAUUGAGUUAUUUAGUCAGUAUUUGUACUGGUUCUCAAGUAUUGAACUAUGCAUUCAUGGGGGUUACUUAUAUUGGGUUUUAUAGAGCUUGUCAAGCUCAAGGUAUUGAUAGAACAGCUUUCAAAUUCAAAGCUUGGUUCCAACCUUAUGGUAUUUAUUUCAGUUUAACUUGUUUGUGUGUUAUGGUGGGUAUUCUUGGAUACACUAAUUUCUUACCUGGUAUGUUUAGUGUAUCAGAUUUCCUUUUUAGUUAUAUUAUGGUCUUUGUUAAUCUUAUCUUGAUUGCUUUUUGGAAGAUCUUCAAAAGAACGAAACGAGUCAAUCCUGCCGAAGCUGAUCUCGUCACUGGUUUGGAAGAAAUUGAAGAACAUGAAUAUGAAUAUUAUGCUAAGUUGAAUGUUUCACCUGAUGAUUAUAAACCCAGCUUGAAAAAUAAGAUUCUUGGGUGGAUUUUCUAA